AUGAAUCCUUUCCUUUGGUUCAAAACGUCCAAUGAUGCGUCCGCUUCGAAUGGCAGACAGCUGGCUUUCCAUCCAUUAAUUGAAUCGCCUUUCCUUUUCUUAGACCAAGCCAAUAUCAAUCCUACCAAGCCAAUAUCAGUUAGGGCUUUGCAUAAGAAGCUUGGUUCAAAACUUCUUGCGUCCACUUCGAUUGGCAGACAGCUCGCUUUCCAUCCAUUAAUUGAAUCGCCUUUCCUUUUCUUAGAUCCUACCAAGCCAAUAUCAGUUAGGGCUUUGCAUAAGACGCUUGGUUCAAAACUUCUUGCGUCCACUUCGAUUGGCAGACAGCUGGCUUUUCAUCCAUUAAUUGAAUCGCCUUUCCUUUUCUUAGAUCCUACCAAGCCAAUAUCAGUUAGGGCUUUGCAUAAGAAGCUUGGUUCAAAACUUCUUUCGUCCACUUCGAUUGGCAGACAGCUAGCUUUCCAUCCAUUAAUUGAAUCGCCUUUCCUUUUCUUAGAUCCUACCAAGCCAAUAUCAGUUAGGGCUUUGCAUAAGAAGCUUGGUUCAAAACUUCUUGCGUCCACUUCGAUUGGCAGACAGCUGGCUUUCCAUCCAUUAAUUGAAUCGCCUUUCCUUUUCUUAGAUCCUAUCAAUCCUACCAAGCCAAUAUCAGUUAGGGCUUUGCAUAAGAAGCUUGGUUCAAAACUUCUUGCGUCCACUUCGAUUGGCAGACAGCUGGCUUUCCAUCCAUUAAUUGAAUCGCCUUUCCUUUUCUUAGAUCCUACCAAGCCAAUAUCAGUUAGGGCUUUGCAUAAGAAGCUUGGUUCAAAACUUCUUGCGUCCACUUCGAUUGGCAGACAGCUCGCUUUCCAUCCAUUAAUUGAAUCGCCUUUCCUUUUCUUAGAUCCUACCAAGCCAAUAUCAGUUAGGGCUUUGCAUAAGAAGCUUGGUUCAAAACUUCUUGCGUCCACUUCGAUUGGCAGACAGCUGGCUUUCCAUCCAUUAAUUGAAUCGCCUUUCCUUUUCUUAGAUCCUACCAAGCCAAUAUCAGUUAGGGCUUUGCAAGAAGCUUGGUUCAAAACUUCUUGCGUCCACUUCGAUUGGCAGACAGCUGGCUUUCCAUCCAUUAAAUCGCCUUUCCUUUUCUUGAUCCUACAAGUCAAUAUCAAUCCUACCAAGCCAAUAUCAGUUAGGUCUUUGCAUAAGAAGCUUGGUUCAAAACUUCUUGCGUCCACUUCGAUUGGCAGACAGCUGGCUUUCCAUCCAUUAAUUGAAUCGCCUUUCCUUUUCUUAGAUCCUGCCAAGCCAAUAACAGUUAGGGCUUUGCAUAAGAAGCUUGGUUCAAAACUUCUUGCGUCCACUUCGAUUGGCAGACAGCUGGCUUUCCAUCCAUUAAUUGAAUCGCCUUUCCUUUUCUUAGAUCCUACCAAGCCAAUAUCAUCCUGGAUCCCCAUUUGGUCCUUGCUCCUUGUUGUCAAAAUUUUCUCCUCUUCAUCCUUGCGUAUUUCCUCUUGUAUGAGAAAGUUCUUUUCUUUUCCUUUAGCCCUGUGCACCGGAACGUUAGGGAAAUACCCUAAGCCUCCAUGUCGCCUAGCUACGGCCCCUAAUAAUGCUUUUUCUCGAAGUCGUUCUACUAGCAAUUCUUUUUCUGCUUUCUAUUUCCUUCCUGAGUAG